CUCAUUCCCUUCCUUACCCGCCAAGGACACUCGAAACCGAAAAGGUUUCCUUUGGACAAUUUAUACAGCUUUUCGCACUGAAGUCGUUAAUCGAAGAAGACCAUAUCAGAAAUAAAGGAACAAGAUGGGAGGUUCUUCCGAGACGAAGUUCUUGCAGGAACUGGUGUUGUACGCGGCAAGUGCGGCGCUUAGCUGCUUGGUUUUGUUCGCGGGGCUCCGACACCUCGACCCCAACCGGGAGGCCUCCAAGAAAGCCCUCCAGCACAAGAAGGAAAUCUCCAAGCGCCUCGGCCGUCCUCUCAUUCAGACCAAUCCUUACGAGGAUGUGAUAGCUUGUGAUGUUAUAAAUCCUGAUCAUAUUGAUGUGGAAUUUGAUACCAUUGGAGGAUUAGAAACCAUCAAACAAGCUUUGUAUGAACUGGUUAUUCUUCCACUUCGGAGACCCGAGCUGUUUUCGCAUGGGAAGCUUCUCAGUCCCCAAAAAGGGGUGUUGCUAUAUGGGCCCCCCGGUACUGGAAAGACUAUGCUUGCAAAAGCAAUUGCAAAAGAGUCUGGAGCUGUUUUUAUUAAUGUGAGGAUAUCUAAUUUGAUGAGCAAGUGGUUUGGUGACGCACAAAAACUUGUGGCUGCUGUAUUUACCCUGGCUUAUAAACUCCAGCCUGCUAUUAUAUUUAUUGAUGAGGUUGAUAGUUUUUUGGGUCAGCGUCGUACUACAGAUCAUGAAGCAUUAACAAACAUGAAGACUGAGUUUAUGGCUUUAUGGGAUGGGUUUACCACAGAUCAGAAUGCGCGGGUUAUGGUUCUUGCUGCAACUAAUCGUCCAUCGGAACUUGAUGAAGCGAUCCUCCGUCGUCUUCCUCAAUCCUUUGAGAUUGGGAUGCCUGACCGGCGAGAAAGAGCUGAGAUUCUGAAGGUCAUUCUGAAAGGCGAGAAGGUUGAAGAAAGCGUUGACUUUGAUUACGUAUCCAGCAUGUGUGAGGACUACACAGGUUCAGAUCUCUUGGAACUAUGUAAGGAAGCAGCCUACUUCCCAAUCAGGGACCUACUAGAUGAGGAGAAGAAGGGCAAAAGAUCUUCUGAACCAAGGCCAAUGUUACAGUCAGAUUUAGAGAAAGUUCUUCUUACUUCCAAAAAGACCAGGGUUGCCGCCAGCGAGUACAAUAGCCUAAACUCACAAUCGCCAAGAUGGUCGAGAUCUAGAGACACAGAUGAUAAUCAGGUUCAUUCUGCAAUUAAUGAGCUAUCUAGGCUUGUGGUUUCCCAAAUAUUAAAUAUUCAAUCAGAUAACCAAGAUCCUUGAAAUCUUGUCUUUGCCACAUUCUCCAGAUACGUUCUAGUCUUUGUAAAAUCAUGACGUGAUUUUUUAGUCUGUGGAGUGUUUUACUUUUUGGUGUUAUGUGAGAUUGAAGUAUCUUAAGGCAGGUGUUGCACUUUGGUUUUGAAAUGCCAUCCAACAUAUUCUUAAAUGUCUCGAGGAUAUCACAUUUUGACUUAGCAUUAAUGCUUUUAUUGUUUACCCUGCCCUGCUGCAUUA